UCUAGUCUACACACAGUCGCCACCACAGGUCGCCACAGUCACCAAAGUCCACAGUGGUGGCACGUUCCUGCGCCUCGCAGGUCUGCACCACGUCUGCGCGCGUUUAAGUACUUUUACGGGACCUUCAUCUGCGGCCACUUACCGCUUGCAGCACUUUUUACUGCAGCUCUCGCGACCUUCGAACGACGUGCGUGACAGAAAUAGCGUACAUGUGGCUGUGACAAUGGACAGUGACGUGAUUCGUGACGGCCGACUGAUUGACAUCGUCGACGACAAGUGGCGCGAAGACAAGCUGCCCGACGAAGACAUCGCUGUGCCGCUCAUGGAGCUCCCCGAUCCGGAACCGGACAACAGCAAUAUCCACGAAACCUUGCGGGAACAAGAGCAGAAGUGGACGGACUUGGCCAUGAGUCGCCUGCAUGAACCGCUGCCGUCCAACAACGCCAACUAGGAACUGCCCCGUUUUCUCAGCAUUAUUUGGGCCCCAGUUGAGCAUUCCUCGUAUCUUUAUUUAAUAAAAUAAGAAGAAUGUA